AUGUCUUCAGAGGAGAACGUCCAAAAGGGGAAGGAUACGGAAGAGAAUGAACACGAGGAGGAUGCUCAUGGAGAGGAAUCUCAUGGAGAGGAAACUCACGGAGAGGAAGCUCACGGAGAGGAAGCUCACGGAGAGGAAGCUCACGGAGAGGAAGCUCAUGGAGAGGAAGGCCAUGAGGAGAAGGCUGGUAGCGAAGAGGGCGAAGAGGCCGAGAAGAAGGGUUCCGAAGAGGCGGACUCCGGUGAGCACGAAGGAGCCGGCGACGAGAAGAAGGAAGAAGGCAGCGAAGAAGCACACGACGCAGAAAGCGCCAAAGCAGAGGGCGGAGGCGGGGGUGAGGAGAAGGCUGGAGGCUCUGCAGAACCACAAGCGGCAGCCGCACCAUCAGCUGGAACCAGUGGUGGAGGAGACGCAGGAAGUGGAAGCGGCAGUGGAAGUGGAAGUGGAAGCAGCGGAAGCAACAACGCAGGCGGGAAAAGCAAAUCGCUGGCUGUAAUCGGCAUUGUGGCGGCAUUCAUUGGGCUGGCGAUCAUCAUCAUUGCCGUCAUUGCGCUUAGUGGGCUCGGUGGUGGCUCCACAACUGCAGCUGGAGAAGUCACUACUGUACUCACCGAGAAUGUCUCAACAACUCCAGCGAACAACUCCAGCCAAGCAUCUCCGGCUCCUCCACGUGCUUUCCGAGAUCCAAGAACACAAAUUUGGUAA